GCAGGUGGCUUCCUGGCUGAGAACCUCACUUUCUCCUUGCUUUGCAGAUCAAUGAGCUGAGCAAUGUCCCUGUCCCUGUCAUGCUAAUGCCAGAUGACUUCAAAGCAUACAGCAAGAUCAAGGUGGACAAUCAUCUCUUCAAUAAAGAGAACCUCCCCAGUCGCUUUAAGUUUAAGGAGUACUGCCCCAUGGUGUUCAGAAACCUUCGGGAGAGAUUUGCAAUUGAUGAUCAGGAUUACCAGAAUUCAGUGACGCGCAGUGCCCCCAUCAACAGCGACAGCCAGGGCCGAUGUGGCACACGUUUCCUCACCACCUAUGACCGGCGCUUCGUGAUCAAGACUGUGUCAAGUGAGGAUGUGGCUGAGAUGCACAACAUCUUAAAGAAAUACCACCAGUUUAUAGUGGAGUGUCAUGGCAAUACCCUUCUGCCACAGUUCCUGGGCAUGUACCGCCUGACCGUGGAUGGCGUGGAAACCUACAUGGUGGUCACCAGGAAUGUGUUCAGCCAUCGGCUCACUGUACACCGCAAGUAUGACCUCAAGGGUUCUACUGUCGCCAGAGAAGCGAGUGACAAGGAGAAGGCCAAGGACUUGCCAACAUUCAAAGACAAUGACUUCCUCAACGAAGGACAGAAACUUCACGUGGGAGAGGAGAGUAAAAAGAACUUCCUGGAAAAACUGAAACGGGAUGUAGAGUUCCUGGCCCAGCUGAAGAUCAUGGACUACAGCCUGCUGGUGGGCAUCCACGAUGUGGACCGGGCAGAGCAGGAGGAGAUGGAGGUGGAGGAGCGGGCAGAGGACGAGGAGUGUGAGAACGACGGGGUGGGCGGCAACCUGCUCUGCUCCUACGGCACACCUCCGGACAGCCCGGGCAACCUCCUCAGCUUUCCCCGGUUCUUCGGGCCUGGCGAGUUUGAUCCCUCUGUUGAUGUCUAUGCCAUGAAAAGCCAUGAAAGUGCCCCCAAGAAGGAAGUUUAUUUCAUGGCCAUCAUUGAUAUACUCACACCAUAUGAUGCUAAGAAGAAAGCUGCACAUGCUGCCAAAACAGUGAAACACGGGGCGGGGGCCGAGAUCUCGACUGUGAACCCUGAACAGUACUCCAAACGCUUCAACGAGUUCAUGUCCAACAUCCUGACGUAGUUACCCUCUACCGUCAGCCAGAGCCAGAGUGCUGGAUGUGGGGUCGGGGAUUGGAAGAGGGAGAGGGUGUAUUUGGGCUAGAUGGGAGGGUGGGGAGCAGAGUUGGGGUAGGGAAGGGCUUUAGCAAUGAGACUGCAGCCUGUGACACUGAAAGAGACCCUGCUGGGGAGGAGGGGAUGUGCUGUGUGUGCGUGCUCACAGGAUGUAGCCUCACCUUCUGCUUACCCUUGAUUUCUUCCCCCCACAUUUACCCAGGUUAAAAAAGGAGUUUCCUUUUUGUUACCUUGUAACCUUUUAAGAUACCUUGGGGCUAGAGAUGACUGUGUGGGCUUAUUUGGGUUUUGUUUUUGAAAUUUCAUUGCUCCAGAUUUGCUAUUUAUAAUGAUGUCUGUCACCUUAUCCACCCUCCCCAUCCCUGCCCUGCUGUCAGUUCCCUUCAAUUAAAGAAGCACUCAUAGACCCAGCCAAGGGUCCUCUCAGAGCAAAGCGCUCUGAUACCAGAGGAGAAGCGGUUAGACCGCCUCAGCCCUGCUGCAUUUGAUCUAGUCUGGAUUUAAUUUUUUUUACUUCAUGGAGUAUCGUGCACAGCUUCCUUCACCUUUCCGCCUUGGAUCCAAGUGAAAUGUUACAUGAUUCCUCCAUGUAAAUGCUGUCCCUCCUGAAGGAACACUCCAGAUCAACAUCAGGCAUCUUGGAUCAGAAUCACAGAUCUUAGAUGGGAGUGAGUUCAUCCUCAUGGAUGGUAAGGGUUCAGUGGGGGCUGGUGGGCUCUCAGACAGCUGGUUCUCAGAGAACCCCAUGACCAUCACCCAAGCCCCUGGGCUCUCUCGGUCUCUGGAGUUCAGAUUUCACCAUAAAGCCUGUUGCUCACUGAGUCAAGAGGAACUAGAAAUCACCUUUCAAUAUAACACGACCCUCGUGCUUAAAUGGCUGAUGAGUAUCAAAUGAAGUCUUGUGCCCUCCAUCCAUUUACUUCCUUCUAACCUUCUCCCAGGCACUCUCACUUAUCAGUAAACUUUUAGGUGGGGGCAGAUCUCCACGUGCCUGGGCUGCUCCUUGCAGAGAUACCUCUUCAAGCCCCAGGGCUACCAUGUAGGUUAUCUGACUCCCUGUGCCUGUGGUUUGUCACCUGGAUGGUUGUGGCCAGCAUACCUUGGAUUGUGGCACCCAAGCCUGAGCCACUUGAGGAUAUGACCCAGGAACUCCAGUGUGGAGGCUUGAUGUGGGGUUCCACCUGGCCCCAACCUCAGAGCUGUUUCUCCUUGAUGCCCGCCUCUAGACUUUUAGCAGCUCAGCCACCCACAGGCCUCCUCUGGAGUGGCAUCCUGCAGCUUCCUACAGGAUCUCUACUCACCUUCUGAGCCUGCUACCCAGGCCUCAGAACUGAGCCUCAGAAUUGUGCCCCUCUGUGAUGCCAUCAGAGCAGUCUGGUCUGGCUAGGAGAGAAAACAGCCCUGUGCUGGGGGAGGUACAUUCCUGCAUCUUCUCACCUUCUCACCAGGAACUGGGGAUUUGGAAUGAGAUACGGUAAAACUUGUAGAUAACUCCACAGAUGGAAAGAAAGUUUGUGGAACCAUUUUGAAUGAGUAGAUUGGUUUCCUUGGCUUCCUCCAAACCUGGCCAAGCUCAGCUUCCGGAGCAGGAACGAGCACCGUCUCUGUGCCUAGCCAACAGCAUUUAGGUCAGGGAGGCCGCAUUCUUGGACUCCACUGGGGCUGUUGGAACCCUUCUGGGAGAGGCAGACUGGGGCCAAAUAACUGCCCUGGCCCCAGGAAGGGGCUGUAGGAAGCUCUGAACGUCAGCAGCAAGACUGCGAAGUGACUUGGGGAAGAACUUGGAACCAAGUGACUCAUGAAGAAAACACAUUUGACUUAGGAAGGGAUUAGUAGGAAUGAUGUUUGGACUUGAUUUCCUCAUCUCCUGAUCAAGAAUGAAAAUUUGGAUCUGCUCCUAGUCAGGCCCAGCGUCUCCAAAGCUUGGCAGGUUGUCCCCCAACGGCCUCCACAGCCUUGGGCUCCCAUCGGCUUCCUGCAUUUGGUCUGCUGAUCGUGUUGCCAUAAUGUGUACGAAAAGUGUAACCAGUCGUAUCAGUUAAAGGUGAGCUACCAGAUAUCUAACUUCUUUAACAUUGAGUUUUUGUGGGUUUUUUUUUUGUACAUUGUUUACAUUUUGAGAGAAAGCAUUCUAUUUUAAAUGCUCUUUUUGUUUUUCUGACAGUAUUGUUGACCGAGUCGAAACAUUUGAGCAGUGGUUUGGAGGAUUUUAAAUUUUUUUUAAAGGUCAUUCUCUGUGCUAUCUGCAAAACCUUGGGUUUGGUCCUCUAAUUCCUUUGGCAUUCAGAUGUUUAAAAGCUAUUUAUCUUGGUUUAUACAAGUUUUUUCUCUCUCUUUUUUUUUUGUAAUGAUGAAGAUAUUAUAUUUGGUUUGCAGUCUGAAUGUAGAGAAAGUGAAGUGAUCCCCAAAGUUGUCUGCCCCUACUCUUCUCCAAGCCCCACCCUUCCCUCGCUGGGCAGUAGAAGGCAUCCAAGGGGAGGUGACUACCCUCCCCAUCACUCUUUGGAGCCAUGAAGAAAAGCUGAAAGGUCUUACGGCAUCCCAGAAUAAUUUGGGGUCUCCCAAGAACAAAGAUAUAAGAAUGGGACGUGGGUGACUAGGUGAGGCCUGGUUAGGGAUAAGGACAGGAUUCCCCUCUGUUCUCUCCCUCUACCAUUUAACCAGUCACAGCUUCUCCUGUCCUGCCCCUCUAAUUCUGAAAGUGUGGCUGAGAAAACUCUAGUCUCCCAGGUCUCCCCACCAAAGGGAGGGGUUCUCUGAAAAUUCCGCUUAGACCACUAGCAGGCCUCUGGCCCUUGUUCCUAUUAAUGAACCACUGAGUCUUGGUCCCCCAGUGCAAGCUCCUUCCCUGUGCCCUGCAGUUUGGGGGUUACGGGGCAGGUUAGGAAGCCAGCUCCAGGAGCACAGACCGAAGCAGUGCUUGAUCUCUCCUUAUCUAGCUCAGGGGUUACGGGUCUGUGGCACGUGCUACGAGUCGCCCCUUGGCUUUUCUCAGUGGCACAACCUAGGUUCCCACCACAGGCAGCUCGUCCUCCCUUCUCCCUCUUCCUACUUUUGUUUCUCUUGCCUGUGCUUUAGACCUCAAACAGGUCCCCUGGUAGUGCUCAGGGCUCACUCCUGCCCUACCGAGUUUCCCCUCUUCACAGUCUGCCAGGGCCUGCCCCGGGGAGGUGGACCAAAGACCCAGGACUUUUCUCAGUAGCCAGUCCCACCCCCGUAAUUGUCUCUUUACCAAUUCAGGUAGGGAGAAAAAUACAGCAAUCCCCAGCAUUUGAGCUACUCAAGUGUUAGGGGCCAGAAGGGACAAUGUGUUUAAACUACCCUUAGAGCUCUGGCCUUAGACCUGUGGCUCCCCCAGUUCCAGGGACCUCACUUCUUUCUGGCAGAAAUGUGGGGAGGGGGAUCCAGCCUGAGCACAGGAAUCAAAGGGAAAACAUUCAAACUGCCCCCAACUUUACCAGCCAUCUGCAGGGGGCUAUGACUUAGCCCUAGCCUUCUGAAACGUGCCACUUAGGGAGAGUGUCUCCAAAGGGAAGAGAAUUGCCUGUCCCCAGCGAGUUGUGCCGAGAUCCUUUGGAGGCUGGGGAGGAAACUUCCAGAGAAGCCCCUUCCCCUUGCUCAGAGCCAUUUUGUGAGGAAGUGGGAACCAACAACCUUUGGGGGAAGGCCUGGUGCUGCUCAGCACACUCAAGCAUCAGGUCAGAUAUUGUAAUCAAAAAAUGUGAAUAAAGUUUAGAUUCAGCUUUUGGGAGAGCAGGAUAAACUACCACCCCACCAUAUGUGUGUGACUUCUCAAUUUCCCACUGCAAUUUCCAUUUUUUAAAUAGGAAUUUUCAACCCCCUGUGCUUGUCUAACGUCUGCUCGGAACAAUUCGAGACCUCGUUACUGUUUUAAAUGCAUGCAUGUUAAGAUGAAUCUCCAACCCGAGGAAAAAAAAUAAAACUCAAAAAAGCUUUGUGUA